GGCAGCGCCGCUCGCCCCGAGCGGGGCCGGGCGGGGAGCCCCGGGAGAUGAUGGCCCCGCAGCCCGCCGCCGGCGUGUCGGGCCCGCUGGCCGUGCUGGACCCCACAGGACAGUUUGCAAAAAGGAAGAAGACUUCCCUUUGGUUCACAGUUGCACUGCUGGUGGUGUCUGUUUUCAUACUCACCAUAGGUCUGGCAGCUACCACGCGAACAGAAAAUGUUACUGUGGGAGGCUACUACCCAGGCAUUGUUGGAUUGUUGGCAUCUACCUGGUAGAAAACAGAAGACAAAUAUUGAUAGACUUCCCUUACAGUGCAAGCAUCCCUGUCCUGCAUUGACAUUGUGUGAGCUGGUGGCCUCCAUCGUGUUUAUCAGCUUUGGUGUUGUAGCAGCCUUCUGUUGUGCAAUAGUUGACGGAGUGUUCGCAGCACGGCACAUAGAACCCAGACCUCUGUAUAACAAAAGAUGCCAGUUUUAUUCAAGUGGAAUAGGAUUCCUAUAUGAUGCCUACCAGACUGAGGUUACAUGUCAUACCUUAAACAGCAAGUGCCAGCUGAAAGUGAAGAGUAACACAUGCUAUUGCUGUGAUCUGUACAACUGUGAGAAUUCAGACCAGUCCUCCAGCUACUAUGAAUUCCUUGGUGUGAGCAGCUGUCAGGAUGUGCUCCACCUGUACAGACUGUUGUGGUCCUCCACAGUCCUCAACAUCAUCGGCUUGUUCCUGGGGAUUAUCACAGCAGCCAUUCUCGGGGCAUUUAAAGACAUGGUACCUCUGUCCCAAAUUGCCUUCAGUGCUGCACCUCCUCCUCAGAUCCUGUACAAUCCUGCCCAGCAGAUCCUGACCUACGCUGGGUUCUGUCCCUCUGCAGCAACGAUUUCUACCUAUCCGUCCUACCCACUGCCUCUUCAGCCUGCCAGCAAUUUUCCAGGAACAUCAUCUACUGACAUUUCCUUAUCAGAAGAAACUCAGCCUCCAUCUCAGUCCAGCUCCAGCUAUGGUCUUCCCCCGAAUGCUCCAGCCCUCUACACACCAACUUACUGCUUGCCUGGAGAAAAGCCUCCACCAUAUGCACCAUAGAACAAAGAAAUUAUUUUAGUAGCUGGUAGGCUUUUAUUUUGUUUUAAAGAAACCUCUGGAAACUGUGCUGUGCAGGCACUAGACUUCCCAAAGGAGCCCAGCACAGAGUGUUACUGCCACUCUGCUUUUACCCACAUCUCCCUGUGAGCAGGGCAGAGCCCUGGAGCUGUGAGGGCAGGCACGCCACCACUCAGUGUGCCUGCAGUCAGGUGUGGCAGAACUUUCUGGCUACUGUAAGCUUGAGAUGUUUCCCUCCCAGUCCACUGCAGAAUAGAUUUUCUUCAAGAGGAAAAAUUAAGAAAACACUCCAGAUAUGUGUUCUGCUUUCAUGAACCAGUAUUGAGGGGUUUUAGCCUGUGUUGUCUGAGUGGGUAGCUGGGAGCUCCCAGAGUCAAUAAUUUUGGGUAGCAAGAGUUUGUUUGCUUGUAGUGUUUAAUAACUCUUCUGGUGAAAGUGUUGUACCAAUAAAGUGUGGCAAUUAUUUUACAAUAAAGUUCACUGUGUAUAUUUA